UUUUGUUGUCAAACAGAUUAAAAUUAGUGCAUUUUUAAAGGUCUACAAUAAAAAUUAACAAUUUUUUAACUUUAGCUUAUAAGAAUGACUUACUCUCAUUAGUAUUCCACUUAAGUAUACGGGUAUCUAUAAGAUAAUGUCCGGUAUAACCGCAAAACAUGCAAUUUUAUUAGCUUUUAUUGAUAGGGUGUAGUUUUGAUGGUGUAUCCUUGCCAAAAAUGUGAUGUGUUAUUUAUAAAAUAUGAAAUUCGUUAUUGUUCCUUGCGUUAUGCUUUUCCUACGGCUGUUCUGCGGCUCAUCAGCUGAGGACAGCCCCUUGUGUUCGAGUAAAUGUACCUGUAAGCCAAAUUCCCAACGUGAUGGGGCAAACUACCUUAAGAUGACCUGUGGCGAGACCGAGAAAAUAUCUCAUUUAGAUGAACUGGAACUCCUCAAUAUUGCCAGUGAAUUAUUUCAGCUGAAUCUUUCUAACAACAACUUAAAGACAUUUUCAACUAAAGUUGAACUUAUAGCUUUACAAAAACUAAAUUUAAGUGGAAACCAGUUAACAGAACUCCAAGAACACCAAUUUAGGGAAGUACCACACUUACGGAGGCUGGACCUCUCAGAAAACAGCAUUAAACACAUUGAUAUCAAGAGUUUUGAAGGCCUAAAACAUCUAGAACGACUUAAACUGAAUCAUAAUGAACUUACAUCGAUAACUAUGGGAACUUUUGAUGUGUUACCUAACCUAAAACAACUUGAUUUAUCGAACAAUCCUCUUCAAUGUGACUGUGGCCUGCUCUGGGUGCUAGAAUACAUACAAAAACAUUCUGUCAAGUUAAUAUCGAACCCAAAAUGCAACACACCGCCCAGUUUUAAAGGACUACCUUUAAGAAAACUAAGGGUUGGUGUAGAUAUUCACUGCAAAUCAUCCUCGCAUAGCAAUGGACUGCCUUUAAUAGAUCUAAAACCAGAAACAAACCAAAUUGUUUUCGAAGGUGAUUAUGUAGAGUUUCACUGUAGAGCGCCUAGCAUGACGGAUACCUCAGAUGACUCAAGGUUAAAAUGGUUGUGGUCAAAUUUGUAUGCUAAAGAUAAUUUCAAAGAUAUCUCUAUAUCUACCAAGUCUUCCCCUAGUACAGGCCUGAUUGACAGUGUUCUAGUUAUUAAGCUUCUUAAGAGCUGGCAUACAGGUGUAUGGGGUUGCCUAUUUACCUCAAUUCAAGGCAACCAUUCAAAAAGUAUAUCAGUGACAGUUAUAUCAGAAAAUACCAGAUAUUGCCCUAUAGUAACAAGUAAAGGCAACAAAGGAACCUAUACAUGGCCUAAAACAGUGUUAAAUAACACUGUAACGGUACCCUGUGAAUUUUUAAACCUUAAUUACGAUCCAUCUCUUCAAAGAGCCUCAUAUUUUUGUUCUGACAAUGGUACCUGGAUGGAUCUCGAUACAUCUCACUGUUCCUACAUCUCAGACAUCACCAGGAUCUUUGAGCAGUUCUCAAAAGUGAAUUCUAGUAUUUUAGAAAGUGCUAGACAUUUUAAAAAUUAUACUUCCAAUGUUAGCGUAUACACAGACCCUGUUGAUUUAGUCUAUACUGUUGAAACUAUGGAGAAUUACGCUGCUUUGCUUAGUUCGGAGUCUUUGAAGAAUAUUCUGAUGGACGUUACAAGCAAUUUAAUGAACUUGCCUUGGGAGUAUUUGAGGGAUACAGAUCAGAAGUUUAGGAGCUGUUCAAAGUUGGUUAAUAUUAUGGAGAGUGUUUCUAUAAGCAGUCCAGGAUCAUUGUUUCAAAGGGAAAAUAUGAUUAUUGAGUCGUUUCCCAUGACCAAAGAGGCGUUUUCUGGCAUCAGAUGUUCCUGGUUGGUCAAUCCUUUGGACAAAUUUGAUUCUAUAUUUUCCUGCAACACAAAUAACCUUCAAGAUUCCAGAAUAUUACAAGGAAAGAUUGUGGAAGCUUCUGUGAUUAUAUCAGACGCCCUAUUAAGUCAGGUUAUGACAGAGGGUACUGCAGUUCAAGAAAAUUAUAAUUUACUGAUAUCAAUGCUGAAUUCCAGUAAAUUUUUCCCUAUUGAUGAUGAAAGGAAGGGUAAAGAAGGUGUUACAUCUACCAUAGUUGGUGUCAAAUUAGACGGUUUUCUUCGUCCUGACGUCACGCAUCCCAUUAAAAUCACCAUAAGGGCACCGCCAUCCUCCUCUAGUGAAGUGACACCCUUCACACCAGUUCACUGGGAUCAAAUACUAGGCAGGUGGUCAACAGAGGGAUGUAGAUAUGGUCAUCACAUCCAAGACCAUGUGGUGUUCACUUGCAAACAACUGGGCUACUACGGGCUGCUACAAGACGUCACAUAUUUGAACGUCAUGGACAAUUCUAAUGGAUUUUUUCGACUGUCCCAUCCGGCAAUAUACGUAGGAAACUCCAUAUUAUUUCUCUCGCUCUUAAUAGCGAUCCUAACCUACAUUUUGGGGUUCGCAUCGAUCCAAAUGCCGAAAAAAGCCAAACACUGUCUGAUCAACACUUGGACCUCUGUUGCCUUGCUUUGCUUCAUGUACUCGUUCGGUAUUUACCAAACUGAGGAUCAGAAGCUCUGUCAAGCCAUAGGGAUGGUCCUGCAUUAUUUUUCCCUGUGCUCUAUGCUGUGGAUGUGCGUGGGGAUCAAUUCCAUGUACAAAAGACUGAGCAAGAACACCGAUUCGAUCUUACAGGACGACGACCUACCGAGUGAACCACCCAUAAAAAAGCCCGUCCUCGGCCUUUACCUAGUAGGAUGGGGCGUAGCCCUGAUAAUAUGCGGCCUACUGGCUGCCACCAACGUCCGAGAGUACUCUUCACCCUCGCACUGCUUCCUCAGAUCCGGCCCAGCCCUAAGCGCCCUCUACGGCCCUUUUGCCGUGUUCUUGCUCUUCCUGAUCGUGCAUUUCCUAUUAGUAAGGUGCGCUAUUUACAAUCUGGACUUGUCCCACGGUGGACAUCUUAGUGAAGGAACUCAAGCCACCGAGCACGUAGAUUUGGACCUGCUGGAACCGAAUUUUUCCGGAAAUCCCGAUACGAGGAGCGUGAGAAGUUAUUCUUCUAAGACUGCUUCGAGUGAGACGGAGGAUAAUGAGAGAUCUCCUUUAGCUCAAUUGAAGGCGUACGUGAUUUUUUUGUUUUUGUUCCUGAUCAGUUGGCUGAGCUGCGCUUUUGCCACUGUUCCGCCGCUGGAGUCUGUUCCCUACGAAGCCGAUCUGUUCAGUGGAGCUUACGCUAUCUGUUCCAUCACUUUAAGCGCGUUUACUUUGUUUUAUUACUGUGUGGCUAGAGUGGAUAUCAGGGCGCAGUGGAUCAUGAUGUUCAGGUGGAUGAGGAGAAAAAGACUGUUACGUCCUAGAACAGUGUGCGACACACCUCCGAGAGUCCAAAUUCAACCUCUACCACUUCCUCCUGUACCGAACAGCGAAUCCAGGGCCGUAUCCAGGUCUUCCAGCAGGAGUUCCGGCAGGACAAAGUCCAAUUCUGGAAAAGCGGCAACUACUAUCGAUUUGAAUGAGUCUAUGAGCGAUAGGCCUUCGAUUGUGGGCGGUACCAAGAUAAACAACGUCAAUUUGAUAACAUUACAUAGAGCACAGUACCGCUCAAACGUGGUACCUCACAUAAUAGAGAACCCGACCAAUGCAGCUGAAGUGUUCUACAAUCCUCACCAAAGCACUGUUGCCAGAAAGUUCUUCAAAAGACAGAGAAGGGACAUGAUGAAGAGGAACAAUUUACAAACGAAACCUCCCAGGGACGUGAACAGCGAUGCCACAUCAGUCUUUUCGGAACCAAGACCUUUGAAGAGCAAGACCAACGCUGAACAGAACAUGAACAUGUUUGGAACAAAUUCUAAGGUAAACAACACGAAUAUUCAUGUGGAACACGUUAGAAGAUCUCAAAAGAAAAAUCCGAAUAUUUUUUCGGACAGCGGAGACGAUUUCGAUUGCAUCAGUGACGUGCCCAUAGACAAGAUCGUCAUCAAUGCAGAAAGACUAAGAAAAAAAGAAAUCUCGAGAAACCGUACCAAAAAAAAAUCGAAUCUCACUCAAGAAGUACCGCAUCAUCACCACCCUAAUCAUCAAACACCGCAAAUGCGUACCAUUUCCCAGCAAUGUACUUUGGACUACAGUUCGGAGAACCCUUUGUCUGACUCAAUCUUGGACAAAAGCGACCUAACAUCACCCUUGUCACCCACCAAAAUUCUACCAGUAUCCAUAAAGCUGACAAAGGACAAUAUUAUUGAAGAAGGGUGCGGUGUAGCUAUGGAAACGUCUAUGGCUGCGGAUACUACAGUUCAUUUAAGUACCAGACGCGAGAAUAGCCCUGUUGACGAAGCGCAUCACUACGCAGAAAUCGAAGAACUCAGAAGUAGCGAAUCCACGAUCAGAGGUGGAAGAUUCGGUUUAGGAGGCAAAGACAGCUCACUCGCCAGGCUUAGGUCACCCUCGAACAUGUCCAGAGUCAGUAGCGCCUCAGCAACGGACUUGGACGAGCUCUACCAGCAAAUAAGGCGGGGUCCUGCCAACUGUAGGUCGCGCAAGGGUCAGCAUUUCGGUGCUGGAGACGACGCAAGACCACAGAGGGCGUAUUCCAGUCCUUUCUUGUCCGAUUCCGAGGCGACAGGCUUCUCAGAUAUGACCAGGAAUCGCGAAGAAAUUUUGACAGGAUCGGCUGACGUGGAGACUACUGUGUAGAGUGAAUUGUAAGGUUAGGGUAGGUAGGGUAUUAUACGAAUCUCGUUGGUUGAUGUGUGACCUUGUUGUCAGAUUUAUGUUAUAUAUGUUACAGUGAAAGUCGGAAAUUCAUUAUAUUGCAAAAAUGAAAAACAAGCACUAUUACAUUCUAGCGAGUGCCUAGUUUACCUUAAUUUUUCGCAGAAAGUUUCUUCCAUAGGGAAAAUACCGCAUGACACUUUUUACAACGAUAACAAAACAAUUAUAUAUGACCACAAACAACAAAGCGAAUUUACGCCAGAUGUAUGCCAACGUUGCCAACGUUUAGCCCAAUUUAAUGUUAUCCUUAUACUGCCUAUUAUCAACGAAAUGUUAAGAUAUAUGGAAUGGGUCUGCCCCGUAUCGAUCGAUGUUAGAAUGAGACAGACAAGAAGGAUAGCGAUAGUCAGGGCAGAAAAUGGCUUCUUGUCAUUAAAACCGUGUGUUUUUGUCCGUUUUUGGUGCAUGUUUUUAGAGAUUUUUGAGUGUAUUUUUGUUUCUGGUGGAGUUUGGUUUGAAAAACAUUUUCAAAAAAAAUACACCGUUUGAAAGAAAAUAUAUAAA